GUCAGGUUGCAGGCUCUGAGAAAGGAAAAGUCACGUGACGCCGCUCGCUCGCGCCGGGGGAAGGAGAACUUUGAGUUCUAUGAGCUGGCAAAGAUGCUUCCGCUCCCCGGUGCCAUCACCAGCCAGCUGGACAAGGCCUCCAUCAUCCGCCUCACCAUCAGCUACCUUAAGAUGAGGGACUUCGCCAACCAGGGGGACCCGCCGUGGAACCUGCGCAUCGAAGGACCACCGCCCAACACCUCAGUCAAAGCUAUCGGCUCCCAGAGGAGGCGGAGCCCCAGCACCGCUGCCGCAGAGAUCUUUGAGCCUCACCUCGGCAGCCACAUCCUGCAG